GGCGGGCUUCCACGAUAUGCCAUUCAUCUUGACCUCUGGAUUCAGGAGCGUGCACAGUAGAGUGGUUUGCUCAAUCUUUCACCACCAUGAACCGUCUACCCCUCCGUGCCGCAGCCCGGAGCUCCGCUUGUGCCAUCAAGCAGACCGCAACUCGCCGUGCGUUCCAUCCCGAACCACGGUCUUUCCAGAGCAGUCCCCACGGCACACACCGCUUUAUCUACAGAUGGACUGUGCAGGCCAUUGGAACUCCAUUUGCGGUGGCAUAUCUCUGCGAGAAGGUGGCGGAUAAGAGUGAGGGUGAUGGCAACUUCAAGCUCAGCCUACCAGACAUCGAUACCGGCUUGUUAACCGAGCCCAUUCGGAUGAAGGUGCAAGUCUGGGGACAGAUGUGAGGACACCAUAUCUGGGCGGGUAGUAUGAGGUGUAUGUGGGAGUGGACGCAGUGAUGUAACGAACAGACCACUCCUGGCAAGCGCAGUGACUCUGCGCUGGAGUACGCUGGUGAGGGCAUUUGAGUCCGGGCAGAGAAUCGCGGAUCAUUCGUACGAUGGCGAAUCUCACACCUGGGGACACCGCUUUUGAGCAGAUUCCAUAGCGGUUUAGUGAGAAAUAGGUUAGACACUGCGAUUCAAACGGAGGGUCGGUUCUGGACGACUUCUAGCAGACACUCUGGAGUUGAAGUCAGGACUUAAUGACAUGUCCCGGCGUGAAAUAUCUGCCAACAUUUUCC